ACUCACUCAUGAGUACUCAUGUGAGUACUCAGUGAGUAAAAAAAUGUAUGAGUACGUAUGAGUACUCGUCCGAUUUUUCUAGCAGAGUACUUUUUGAGUACUCACACUUGAGUACAUUCACUAGGGUCUUCUUCUUCAGGUAGCUGAGAAUGCUAAAGUUUUAUUAAACUACAUGAUGCCAAUGAAUGUAUUUAGUUUGUCACACCAUGAAAAAUCAAUUCGUGAUUUAGACAAAGAACGCGCUGUAUUUAUGUGGAAUCUAUUGUUAAUGGAUGUUCUACUUCGCAUGCCAACAUCUGACGAAUCGAAAAUGGAAAUGUUAACCGAAUGUGAAUCAUAUCACAGAGACAAUGAUAAAGAGCUUGAAAAGAUAAAUGAUUUUCGUUUGAAUUAUUCGUCUGAUGCAGCCGUGUCGUGGUACACGCGUGAUUCAUUUGUAUAUCGCCUCUUAAAUAAAGCUCUUCGAACAAGAGAUAUUGAUAUUAUAUUUA